AUGAUGAUGAGGUUGUGGCUGAAAAAGCUGUCUUGGCUUAACUGGGUUGUUGUCUGGCUAGUUGUUGUUUUAAUAUGUUGGCUGCUUAAAACAUACGGAGUGUACGAUUGGGUUUAUGCGCGCUUAAUUCGCAAGCCAAGUGAUGCUACUCCAGAUAAUCUGACUAAACCGGCUAAACCAACUAAAGUAGACAAGAGCACCCAAACAGAGCCUAUAACAAUUCUGGAUGACAAACAGAAGAAGGAGAGUAGAGAGAAGGAAGAGAAGCAAUCGUUUUCAAGUGACAGUCCAUCUGAAGCUGACAUAGCCAACCUAAUUACACCUCCAGCCGCCUAA